AUGGCCGACGAGGAGGAGCAGGUCGACUACGACGACGCCGGCGCCGACGACGCCGAGGCCGGCGGCGACGAGGGCGGCGACGGCGCCGUGGACCCCGAGCUCGAGGAGAUGAAGCGGCGCGUCCAGGAGAUGGAGGACGAGGCGGCGAAGCUCAAGGCCAUGCAGCAGGAGCUCCAGGUCGAGACGGGCGCCGAGGCGAAGAAGGAGAACGACACCGACGAGCGGUCCAUCUACGUCGGGCAGGUCGACUACGACGCGACGCCCGAGGAGCUCCAGGCGCACUUCGCGGCCUGCGGCACGAUCAACCGCGUGACCAUCCUCUGCGACAAGUUCACGGGCCGGUCCAAGGGCUACGCCUACGUCGAGUUCGAGGAGCCCGCGUCCGUGCCGACGGCCGUGCUCCUCGACAACUCGAUCUUCAAAGGCCGCCAGCUCAAGGUCGUCGCGAAGCGCACGAACGUGCCCGGCCAGGGCCGCGGCCGAGGGCGCGGCCGCGGCCGCGGCCGGGGCCGCGGCAAGGGCCGCAAGGGCAAGGGCUACUACAAGGGCUACCGCCCCUACUAG